AUGAAGGGUAUUUUAAUCUUUGAUCAUUUAAAUGAUGUUCUUUUUACGAAAUGUAAUAAAAAGUUUGUGAAUCAUAUACAAAGAUUGGCGAAAAUUCAAGGUUUGAUUUCUGAAAACAAGCAAGAUGCAGAUAAUGAAGAUUCAAAAUUAAAUCCAAAUGUCAUAAUGCAAUUAUUUUCACCUAUUGUUACAUCUCAACAUGUAAUGGCUUCUCAAUUUGGAAAUUCUUAUACUUCAAUGAGAUGUCAUGACGGCACAAAUAUGGUAUUUGAUGAAUUUAUGGGAUACACUUUUAUUUACAUUUCUAUGGAUGAAGUAGAAUUAAUGAAAAGAACAUUAGGGGUAUGUGUAGCAAUUGUAAGGCAUGUUUGUGGACCAGAUGUUGCAGUAUUAAAAUUAAACAAACAAAAAGUCUGUUUAGUGUCUUGUUUGUUAGAUGCAUGGAUACAUUUAAGAAAUUGCGAGCAAAGUAUGCUUACAGAAUCAAUAGAGCAACUAUCAAUAAACACAGACUUGGGUGUAGCAAUAUUAAAAGUACUACAUGAUGCUUGUGAUAAAUUAAAGGCACAAUCUGAGUUUUCUAAUGUACACAUCUUAAUAUUAGUGGAACAAAAAUUUCUUUCAUUGUACUCUAGUAAAAAUGCCCGUGACUUGUGUGCUUCUGAUAUAUUACUAAUGAUGCUCCUAUGUUGGGUAGUUAACCAGAAAAGAAAAGGGGAUAUCCAGUCUGAAGUGGAUAGCAGUAAUGAUGAUUAUACUGACAUUCUUUUACCUGAAAGUAGUUCUUCUAAAGAGGAGCAGAUCACUUUUGGAGCGAAGCUUUCAAAUCCUACCUCAGAAGAUAUUACAAAUUUAUUUAGAGGUUCAAGAGAAUCUUCCAUCAACGAAGGACUUUAUUCCUUGAUGGAUGAUGAUUUAUACAGUAAUUUGAUUUUACUCGGAACCGAGCAUGAUUACACUGCUAAUGCAGUUCAUAUUUUUGAACUAGCAGAUGGUAUUAAUCUUAUCAUGAUAGUAGAAGUAACUAAUCUCGCUACAUCAUCAGGAUUAUAUGAUAGUUUUCAUUAUUUAAAUAUCAUAAAUGGUUUACAACUUCAAAGAGAUAUCGACGAACUACGGCCGGCAUUUGAAAACUUUGACUUGGCAAUGAAGAAAGCAUUAGACGGAAUUAAAAAAAAUAGAGCUAACGUUAGUAACGAUGUUGAUAUGUGCCAGAGAAGAUUACAAACAAAGUGGGAAUUUGUUCGAAAAAAGUAUAUGGAUUUAUUAAAAUCCAGAGAUCCAGAAUCAAUUCUUCAAAUCGAGUCAAAUACAUCUGGAUUCACAGAUAAUUUAAAAGAGUUAUAUCGAUUAACGUGUUUCGAUAAAAAUUUUUUAAAACAAGGCGUUGAUGUACUUACAACGGUAGGAAAACUUGUUCGUCAAAAGCUGAAUGACUUUAGCGAUUUUCUUAAAGUAAAAGCAUUGAAGAACUUUACUCUUGGAUCGAGAACUUCCCUAACCAUCAAUAAAUAUCUAGAAGAGUUUCCAGGCCUUGUGCAUUUUAUCUACAUAGACAGAAUCACCCACAGACUGACUGCUCCAACACUAGAUUUUACAAAUCCUGAAACUCUUGCACUUACAACAAGAAAGAUAUGGAACAUGGUUAAACAAAGUAGAAUGCAUUUAGAAGAAGGACACUUAUCAGUCAUGUGGAAGGACACAACAUUUAAUUAUGCUUACUUUUUAUGGUUUGAGGAUAAUUCUGGAUCACCAUUAAAAUGUAAAAUCUAUUUGAAUCAUGUAAUGAAAAAUUUUCCAAUACCCGGUAUAUUUUGCGGUGAUUAUUACAGAAAAUUAGCGGAAACGUGUUUUCCUAAACUUUCUACUAAUAAGAUUAGAAUUUAUGAGCUUUAUUGUGUUCAUCUCGGUUUGGCAACAUCGUCAUGUGUGUUAGAACAUUCAAGAAGACUUGCAGCUACGAUAUGGGAAAUUACAGGUGUACCAAAUAAUCCAGCUGACAUAUUGUAAUAACAUUCCUUUUAAGUAUUUAUACAUAUACAAUUAGAAACUGAAGUUCUGUGCUAAUAUGCGAAUAUCUUACACUAUAGUUAAUAUUUAA